AUGGACCGAUCUACCGAAAUGGACACCACAGAAGAGAGAUUUUCCGGCUCUGCCUCAUACCGCUACGUCGAUGGAUGGACGAACAAAUUCGCAACCAACAUCCACAGCCUCAUGGCCCCUAGUCGAUGUGGUGAAGACCAUUCCCAUCUACACCGCGUAUUCCGAGAACGCGCAAAAGAGGGCGCGAUUUACGGCGAACUCUCACGUUGUGAUUGUGAUUUCAUGGUUCCAUCCCAGGAUUGGGCUCGAACAGACAGUGGCAUGUACCAGAAUCACAUCCGGACUCAUGGCAACAAAGAGGAGGCUGCGAAGAACAUGCAACAUCAUGGGUAUUUAUUGCGGUCCUUGUGUCCUGAGAUACAUAAGCGGCUCGAGGUAUAUGGGUGUAUAGGAAGUGGAAGUCACGGGGUAGUAUUUGCAGCAAGAGAAAAAUACCCAGAAGAUCCUCAAAAUGUCAAGCAUUACGCUCUGAAAGUCGAGCCGCACAUGACGCAAAUGGAGGCCAUUGCGAGAGGAAGGGGUCCCACGAUGGCUUGCUGGGAUGAUGUAGGAGGCAAUAUUCGCUACAUUCCUACCGAAGCCAUGAUGAUGCGUUUUGUCACAGGAAGCAGAAGGUUCCCCGUGAUCGAAUCCGUUUACACGCACGAUUUAUAUCAAACGACAAUUAUGAGCGCCGCGGCAGUUGACUAUGACCCAAGGAGGGAAACGAGAACAUCCGAUGACGACGAGGACUAUUUUCCUUCGUUCUUGGGCGCACAGCUGAUAGAGGGGAAAACACCGCUACUGAGCGAAGUUGAAGUGUGCAAGGUCGCAUGGCAAAUGCUUCAGGCUAUGAUGUACUUGAUGGAUAUGAACAUGUCGCAUGAUGACCUCAGUCACCAUAAUUAUGUUGUGGACGAAUAUCUCAAUAUUCAGAUCCUAGAUUUUGGACUGAUGAUAUUCGCAUUGGAUGGCGAGCAUGACUUCCAAGUUACACGCUGGGCAUGGCUCCCAUAUCAGGAGUAUCAGAUAUCGCCUGAGCUCGCAAUCGAACUCAGCAAGGAAAUGUGGAAGGAAGGUCAGUACGAUGUAGAGGAAGAAAGGAUCGUGUAUCUUCCUCACGACGCCCGCGUGGAGCACCUGUGGAAGUUUGGCUGCAUAGUCUACGAUCUGCUCCACGGUUACUCGGCGUGGGAAGACAGAAAACUUGAUCACAGGAUCGGCGGUAUUCGACAAUGGGCCCAGAAACGGGCAGAAAGCAAUGAGGAGUCUUGGUGGAGAAUGUUGGAACGUCGUGACAGGGUCAUUAACGAGGAGCUUCCUAUUGACGAAAACCUGUCUCAGGACUGUGUCGACGUGCUCAGAGCCAUGUUCACCAAGGAACCGGAAAAGCGGCCAACGCUUCAUGAACUUGCCUCGUUCCCAUGGUUCCAAGGGCAUUGGAUGAAUGAGGGCACCUUUCGACGCCCUGCUGCAGACUUCCCCGAAGACUCAGAAAGUACAUCGGAAGAAUCUGGGCAAACAGUUGAGAUGAAUGAGAGCUGGGAAUAACUAUAACAUCCCGCGAAACAUGUGGAAGACAGUGUUACGUCUUCCACUGCGGAAACGUUGUAACCGGCAGAGUGCCUUGAAAGGCAUCUUUG